AUGUCUGCUGCUGCAGCAAGAAAGAUCCAGUCAAUCCACGACAAGGAAGUUGCCGAGAAGGCCGACAACAAGGUCCACGAGCACGGUGCUGAUCCACUCCACGCUAAUCACAAGGAGGCUCAGGUUAAGAAGGCUCCAGUUGCCCACGGCCACUCCGGCAAGCCAGCUGCUGAUGGUGCUAAGCCAGCUGAAGGCGAUAAGGCUGCUGCCCCAGCCGCUGCCAAGCCAGCUGAAAAGAAGAAAUAA